GAAAAGAACUGACUGGAUAAUUUAUUACAUCGUUUCGUUUUGAUCGUUACAGACUCCGAUUGAAGUGCAGAAGCUCCAACUACUCCGUUCCUGCACGGCAUGCACGACCACCAUAACAUAACCAUAGCCAUAACCAUAACCGCACUUAAACUAAACCAUGGCUUUGAGAUGGCCGCUCCUACUGCGGUUCCGUUCUCAACAACCUCUGCUCGCUCCAACUAACUUUGCCGCCUUCUCCGAUCUCGCCGAACCGCGUGCUUUUGACGCGCCGUGUCUUUCUUCCGUGAAUCUACUCCACCGGAGCAAUGUUUUGGCUCCGGCACUGAAGCUGAAGGUUCUGGCGCCUUACGUCGUCAAAUGCCUCGCCAGAUCCACAGAGGAGAAGCAAUGGAGCGACGCCGAAACAGUCGUCACUGAUUCCGACGAAGCUGCUUCUGAAGAUGACGGAACCGGUCAGCUUCGGAGCCAAACCUCUGCUUCGGAAACUGACCGUCUUGAGUCUCCGAGAGUCGCGACUAGCUACUCCGGCGACUCUCUUUCGCUUGGAAUUCGAGAACCGGUUUACGAAGUUGUGGAAGUGAGAUCAGAUGGAACAGUAUCGACAAGAAAAAUCAAUAGGAGACAAUUGUUGAAGUCAAGUGGUCUUCGUCCUCGGGACAUUCGAAGUGUGGAUCCGUCUUUGUUUUUGACGAAUUCGGUACCCUCCUUGCUGGUUCGUGAGUAUGCGAUACUUCUAAAUCUGGGCUCCCUUCGAGCAAUAGCAAUGAAAGAUUGUGUACUUAUAUUUGACUAUAAUCGUAAAGGAGGGCAAGCUUUUCUGGAGUCAUUGUUGCCCAGGUUGAACCCCAAGAACAGUAACGGAGGGCCAUCAAUGCCAUUUGAACUCGAGGCUGUUGAAGCAGCAUUGCUUUCAAGAAUACAGCGUUUAGAGCGCAGACUGAUGGACUUAGAACCUCGAGUGCAGGCUCUUCUUGAAGCCUUGCCAAAUCGAUUAACGGGUGACAUAUUGGAGCAACUUCGUAUUAGCAAACAAACUUUGGUUGAGUUAGGUUCUAGGGCUGGCGCUCUUAGACAGAUGCUGCUCGACCUUUUGGAAGAUCCCCAUGAAAUACGCCGUAUAUGUAUUAUGGGAAGAAACUGCACGGUUACAAAAGGAGACAAUUUGGUCGAAUGCUCUGUACCCUUAGAGAAGCAGAUUGCCGAAGAGGAGGAGGAGGAAAUUGAGAUGCUUCUUGAAAAUUAUCUUCAAAGAUGUGAAUCAUGUCAUGGUCAAGCUGAAAGGCUUCUUGAUUCUGCAAGGGAAAUGGAAGAUUCUAUAGCAGUCAGUUUGAGCUCACGAAGGCUUGAGGUUAGCCGAGUGGAACUGCUUCUCCAAGUAGGAACAUUCUGUGUGGCAGUUGGUGCACUUGUAGCAGGUAUAUUUGGCAUGAACCUGAAGUCAUAUCUUGAAGAGCAUGUGUUUGCAUUUUGGCUGACGACAGCUGGAAUAAUUGUCGGUGCUGUUGUUGCUUUUUUCCUUAUGUAUUUCUACCUCAAGGCAAGGAAAAUAUUUUGAUUGGAAGAAACUUCAAAAAUUAGGUGAUAUCAGAUCAUGAAGAAAACUAAGAACUCAAUGAAUGCCAGUGAUUGUGCAUGAGGACCAUCCAGAAUGAAUUGGAAAGUGUGUGCAAUAUUACCGGCAUUAGUCAUUACCAAUCAAUCGGCAAGAAUUGGUUUCCAUUCUUAUUUAGGAAGGGAGUAGAGCAUUGUUUUGUUGUUUAAUGAUUUCAGAGUGGUUAUAAUAGUCAUAAUCGACGAUCAGCCAUCGAGAUCCUACAUCUAGUUGUUGCUCGUGCCCGUACGUGCUAAAACAAUACACAUUCACACUAUAUGCAUCAAGACAGGAAGUUGAACACUCCCCCAGCAAGAAGCAUUUUAGUUGGGAAUUUUUUAGGGUGCUGGUGUGUGUAGAAUAUUGGAAUGGGCAAGAUUAGAAAAAUGACGUCCAAACACGGUACAGGAUUGAUCCAAUCUUUUUUUUAAUGUGGAAA